AAUAGAGUAAAACUCUUCACUCUUUUGGUUGAUGGUGUUUGUUUCUUUGUAGUAGGGAUAGUGUGGGGAUUUGAGACGUAGACCAGCUCCCUCCUCGUUGUGGGACGGCUCAUUGACACAGUAUUUUCACUGUGUUCACAAGUUGGGGAAGUUUUCCGUCAGUAAGGAGCCUGCGCUCUGCUGUGCGCUCUGCUGUGCGCUUGUGCGCUGGACACGCGCGAUGUCUCAGAACUGACGGCUUUACACUCGGUCACAAUGGCGCCGUUUGGGAAAAACUUUCUGAAAGCGCGACUGAAAAGCAAGUCUAAAGAAACAGAGGAGACACCAGCAAAAGAAAUUCAAGUUUUAGUAGGCAAAGAGGAGAAAGUUGUUUCUGGUGUCACUAAGCAUACAACCUGUGCUGAUCUGGUGCAGGCUCUACUGAAGGACCAUAAGACCAUACCAGAAAGUAAAAGAGUCCUACAUGGAGAGCCAAAAGAGUUCUGUCUUCUGGAGAGGUGGAAAGGCUUUGAAAGGGCUCUGCCUCCCCUCACACGUAUCCUCCGCUUGUGGAAUGCAUGGGGUGAUGAGAGACCCUUCAUACAGUUUGUCUUAGUGAAGACUAGUGAGUUUGUACCCAAAAGGUCUUCAAAGUGUAAGGGGAUCAGGUCUAAAAGAUGGGAGCAGGGUCCAUCGCAGUAUGCCAGGAACGUUCCUGUGGAGCGGCAGAAACGCAUGGUGAAGAAGGCCUUUCGCAAACUGGAGAAAAUGCAGAGGGCAGGAAGUUCAGAUGGUUCAGAGGAAAUUGACAAAAUGGUACAACUUGUCAUUUCCCAGGAUUACACCAUCCGGCAGCAGCUUAACAAGAUACGGGAACUGGACCUGGAGCUCCAGCUUGUGGAUCAGCAGCUAAAAGAAAGCUCUCUCCAUGAUUCCAAGAUCACUGAGAGAGCCAGCAGCCCAAUGCUUUCCUUGUCUAUAUUCCAGUGCGAGGACCAACUGCAGGAAUAUCUGUAUACUAGUGAUGGUAUUGCACAACUGGAUCAACAGGUGCUCAGACAUAAGGAACUCAUCGAUGAGCUUUCUAGAGAUAUUGACCUGGAACUGAGGAAAGCUGUUUGCACAUUGGACUCUGAGGAACUUGAGGGGGCAACAGCUGUAAAUCCUGCUUUGGAGUUUGACUCCAUCUACGCCCUGUCUUCUGCAGAAUCUUUAGAGAUGGAUACCUUGCAAAGUGAGUUGGAGGCAAGUAUGAGAGCAGGAAUUUCCCUCCACACACAGACACAGGACCUUGAAAAGGAGCUUCAGCAGAACACAACAUUGCUGCAGUCCAGGAACCAGGAGUACCAGCACCUUAUUGCCCAGCUGACUGCAUUGCAGCUGGAGGAUUGUGCUGAGCCACCUAACUCUGCUUACCUGAAGACCACAGCCUGGCCUGGUGCCUCUCAGAAGACCACAGUGACACUUAGACAGAAGCUUUCACCUAGUGAUGUGACAGACACAGACUCAGACACUGGAAUAAGCUCCACUCAUAGUCAGGACUCUCUGUCUCCUUGCGUGGACAGUCUGCCCCCAUUGGACACUGAUGUCUAAAUGAUGGACAAGCAAAUAUACAGUACAUUGCCCACUUUAUCAGCUGGACUUGAUGAAUAGGUGGUCCCGAGGAGGCUCUUCAUAAUUAGGCUCUUUCCUGCAAGCUCUUUAUAAUCAGGGUCUUGUUCAAACAACAGAAGUGAUUAAAAUUGUAAUGCGUUAAUAUCAAUAAUUAUGCGCUCAAAUAGUCUAGCUAUCAAACAGGCACCCUUUAUAGACAUAAAAUCUCUAUGUCUAUGUGUUAUCUAUGUUAUCUAUGUGCUGUCUAUGUUAUAGAUCUAUGUGUUAACUUGUAUAUAAUUUAUUAUUUUCUCUUGGCUUGGUCUGAUCUCAUGUGCGUAUGAACAGAGAACUUUUCUAAGAUCUUGCUCAUACAGGACAAAGCUUUGUGUGACACCUUAAGAAGACUGGGCAUGAUGUAAGUGAUAUAAGCCACACUAUACACUGUAUGGCCACAUGCUUGUGGACACCUGACUGUCACACCCAUAUGUGGUUCUUCCACAACAUUUGAAGCACACAAUUAUAUAAGAUGUCUUUGUAUGCUGUUCCAUUACAAUCUCACCUUCACUGGAACUAAGGGUUCCAUUUCAAAUGUUCCAUUUAAACAAAAUGCUAAUUUUUCAUAGUUCUGUCUAUUUUGUAUAUAUCUUAUUUAUAAAGAAUGUAAGUAUUUAAGGUAUAGAUGUAAAACAUUUUAAAUAAAAUAAGCUAAUAAUUAAAAGUAUAAUUGUUUUAUAUUAAAACAUACCACAGAAUUUGUAUUUGUCUUAAACUUUCAAAAAUUGGUGGUUGAUUCACUGUAUAAACGUUUCUACAUCAUGUAGCCUGAUUCAUAAAGCUAUGAUAUGAACUAAUACUUAUUUGUACAGUAGACAACGUGAAAACAUGUAAUUUUAUUUAUUACAUAAAUGGGCUUAUUUUGAUCACCCAAUAUUUCACUGAUUCAUUAUGUAUUUUUACAUCGAUGAGGUUAAAUUUAUGUACCUGUCAAAUUACCAGUAAACAUCUUGGUGGAUGACCCCCCUUUCAUAAGCUUACACUUUUUUUCCCAAUAAAAUCACACAGUAAAAUUGUGUAAAUCUUCCUUUUUAGAAUAGGCACUAUACUGUAUCAUCACAGCCUCUGUGGAAACAAAACAGCACAUGCCGCAGGAAUGCAGCUUGACUCGGGUGUAAUGAUGGGGUAAGAGAGGAAUUCUAAUAGAAUCCCCACUGUACACCUCUUCAGUCCCGGCCAGGAAAGAGAUAUUCGAGCUGUU